GCUGACUCGAAUGGCAAGCAGAAAGCGCGCGCCGAAUCUCCAACAACAGCACGCGAGCUCGACUUCGACGACGACCACCAAGACAGCAGCCCCCUCAAGAGCCCGACCCCCAAACAGGUCAGCUUCGUCGAGGUCGAAGAUGAAGACGCUCCGUCCAAGCCUGCGCGCCCCUUGAGCCCCAAGGCCCAAAACGAAAAGACGCUCAAGGAGGCCUUUCCCACAAUCGACGACAAGGUCAUCAGUGCCGUCCUGAUAGCCAGUGGCGGUAACGUCGAGCCUGCCUUCAACGCUCUGCUGGCCAUGUCCGACCCUGACUUCAAGCCUGAAGAGGCUCCACCACCGCGUCCUCCAAGACCUACCCAGGCUCAGCGCCAGCUUGACGCCGACGAGCAAUACGCCCGCCAACUUGCUCAGCACUUCCAGUCCGAGUCUCGUCCUCAGCGCACCAGACGAGACGACGAUGAUCGAGGCCCGCCGCUUCCUAACCGCCCUAGACAGCAGCGUCCAGGUCUUGCCGAGGACGACAGGGAAUACAGCUUCUUCGAUGGUAUCAUCACCCCAGCUUUCAAUCAGCUGAGACUAGUGGCUGACUCGGCUGCAGAUGAUCUUCCUCAAAUCAAGGAGAACGUGCGCAAGGGUUUCCUGGAGACACAGACAAAGGUCAACAGAUGGAUCACCGACUUCAGAAAGAAGCUGGAUGGAGAUGAUAAUGACGACCCAUAUGAUGGUCCUACCAGACAGGACAGCCCUCCCCGUAGACAGAACUACGGUCCUUCACAAUCCGAACAGCUCUACGGCAUCCGCAGGUCGGCCGAUGUGAGCAGAAAGAGCACAGACAAGGACCGCUACGACCUGGACAAUCGCGUCUUGGAUGACGACUUUACAGCCCUGGAGCUCCGUGAUGAUGAAGGUNCUCAACCUCGUGCUUCAUCCUCACGCAAUCGUCCUCUCGCCAAUCCUGACCUCUACAAGCCUAACGUCGCCCCUCCUCAGUCCGGCCCAGUGGAUGAGGUUGAUGCCAUAGACCGUAGGAACCAGCGCCAACCAUCUCCUGGCGCUGCUUCCAAGUCAGCCAAGUGGCAGCCUUUGACAUCGAUUGCCCCUAAUCCAGAGUCGGAAGAGAACGACCCUUUCAGUCUCGGCGACAGUGAUGACGAGAAGGAGACAAAGACCAAGGACACUAGAGAAUCUGAUACUGCGCGUCUGAAAGAGGCCGCUCGCAAGAGCGUGACUGCCGAGUCGGCAGAUGCUCCUCAGAAACUCCAGGCCAGCGAGAGGUCUGGAAGCACCAACGUGAGAGACAAGGAGGCCGAGGCUCUCUUGACUGGCAAGAAGCCUGCUUGA